AUGGUCACCGAUGAUGAAGGCAGUCCUUUCCUUAUUGUACAUCCAGACCACAUGUUGUCUGCAACCACGGUAGCUGACUCUUUCGAUUGCAUACGCAAAGCAGUCUUACAAGACAGAAUCAAGGCUACCGGCGAGACCAGCAAGGCCAUGGUGUAUGGCAAGAUCUUGCAUGAGAUUUUUCAGCAAGCUCUGUCAGCCAACCGAUGGGAUGAGCAAUUCCUCGCCAACCUUGUCGAGAGCACCGUGCAAGCUCAUGUGGAAGGCCUCUGGGAACUUGGCAUGAGAGACACCAACCUCGCAGCUGAAGAGGUCAAAGCCAAGAUGGGAGAGCUCGCGGCGUGGGCGAAUAUCUUCGUUCUUGAUCAACCGGCUUCGGAAUCUCUCGUCGAUGACAGGCAGGGAGAAAAGGUCUGGAUGUCCAUCAGCAAACUCAUUGCGAUCGAAGAACACGUCUGGUCUCCGCAAUACGGCCUCAAGGGAAAUGUCGAUGCUACUGUACAGACUACUCUGGUGAAUGAUCCCAAAGCACCCGCCAAGAAAUUAAUCGUGCCAUUUGAAGUGAAGACUGGUCGGACAACACAGUCUGCGGCUCAUAGGGCUCAGACGGCGCUCUAUACAUUGCUCCUAUCAGAUCGCUACGACGUUCCUGUUGAGGCUGGUAUUCUCUACUAUCUGGAAAGCUCCUCCAUGUCGCGGAUUGCUCCACCCCUGAUCGAAGUUCGGCAAAUGGUACAGCAGCGUAAUCGCCUGGCAUCGUACAUAUACCGAGCGAGAAACCCUCCAGAAGGUGCCCAAGAAAACGAUGUCGAGAUGCUGGACGCUGGAGUAGGACAGUCUCAGGCGAUCGAAGGAUCUGGACUGCCAGACCUCUUAAGGAAUCCUUUCAAGUGUGGGAGAUGUUAUGCUCAGCAAUCCUGCUUCUCAUACCAUGCGCUCGUGGAGAACGGCAGCGCGGACUCUGCUGGUAUGGUUGAUGACGAGAAGAAGAACCAUAGCUUGGUAUGGCAUGAGGCAGUUGGGCAUUUGCUUGGCCUCUCAGAGAACGCCAUAAGGUCAGAGACGCUGAAGAGGUGGUUCACCAAAUGGGAUAAGCUUCUAACAUUCGAGGAGAGCGAUCAAGCCCGGAUGAGAAAGGAGCUUUGGACCAUGUCCUCUGUGGAGCGUGAAGCACUCGGUCGAUGCUUUGGCAAUCUGAUUUUGUGGCAAGACCUCACCAGUACGGCGGCAGCGAUCACCACACAAGUUGUCGACGGAAUGAAGGACAGUGGUGGCAAGAUCAAUCGCUACGCGUAUGCCUUUGCUCGUGCAAAUUCUACCGCUGGAGACAGCUUUGCCGAAGGCAGUCAACUCACUGUUGGAGAGCCAGUCGUUGUUUCCAGCGAGUCUGGCCAAUGGGCACUUGCCAAUGGGUACGUGAUUGCUGUCAGCCGACAAAGCAUCACCGUCGCCGUCGAUCGAAGGCUUGGAAACUCGAGACAACGGCUGGCUCAAUUCGACGACAAGGCCAACCAGGCCUUCAAGGGGACCAUGACCAUUGGGAUAGACGACUCAACUCAGCUGUCCCAUGAGCCUGUCCUCUAUCGCCUUGACAAGGAUGAAUUCUCAAAUGGCCUGGCAUUGGUCCGCAACAAUCUCGCCAGUCUCAUGAAUUCUGCGCCCAUCGAGACCAGAUUGAGGGAGCAAAUCAUCUUUGCAGCGAAGCCUGUAUUCAACUCCCUACCUGCAGCACCGAGUCAGCUACAACCGACACAGCUUGGAGAGAUGAACGAAGAUCAGCAAAGCGCUGUGUCCAAAGUUGUCUCGGCGCAAGACUACGCGCUCAUAUUGGGAAUGCCAGGCACAGGCAAGACAACGACAAUUGCACACAUUAUUCGUGCUCUCCUAGCAGUAAACAAAAGCAUCCUCCUGACAAGCUUCACGCAUACGGCAGUGGACAACAUCCUCCUCAAGAUCCGCGACAUUGCACCAAAGGGGAGCAUCCUGCGUCUGGGCGUCCCGGCGAAGAUUAAUAGUCAAGUCCAGGAAUUCUGUCAGCUUGCAGCUACUCCUCGUAAGACAAUUGAAGAAAUCGACGCGGCUUAUAUGGAUACCCAAAUAGUGGCGACGACGUGUAUGGGUACGAAUCAUGCUCUGUUCAAUCGCAGGAGCUUUGAUGUGUGUAUCGUGGACGAAGCGAGUCAGAUUACUCUGCCGACCAUCCUGGGCCCGUUGCUGCAUGCUAGGAGGUUUGUGCUUGUUGGAGAUCACUUUCAAUUGCCGCCUCUGGUGCAGAACAAAGCUGCUCUAGAGGGAGGGUUGGACGUUUCGCUCUUUCGGCAAUUGAGUGAGCAGCAAUCUGGAGCCGUCGCUGCUCUUGGACGUCAAUACCGCAUGUGCGAGGACAUCAUGACGCUCAGCAAUGAGUUGAUCUACAAUGGCCAAUUGCGAUGCGGUAACGAGAGCGUGGCGUCGCGAACGCUGCAAGUGACAGAUGCCACGGCUCUUGGCCGAUUCCAUCGUCCAGCAGGUACACAAAUCUCUUGCACUGACAACCACACCUGCUGGCUCGCGCAAGCGACCUCGCCGACGCGCAAAGUUCUCUUCGCCAAUACCGACGCUCUCGGCAAAUCAGCGCGGGAGACCCUCAUGAACGGGACGAAGAACAUCACGAAUCAACUCGAAGCUACUCUCUCCGCUCAACUCGUCCUAUCAUUCCUCUCCCGCGGUGUGCCCGCUUCUGAAAUCGGCGUCAUAACUCUCUACCGCUCGCAACUCGCUCUCAUGCGCCAACUCUACAAGAAAGCCGGCAUCCCCUCCGAAGUGGAAAUUGAUUCCGCGGAUCGCUUUCAGGGAAGAGAUAAAGAAUGCAUUAUCCUGAGCAUGGUCCGAAGCAACGAGGCUGGCAUUGUUGGGGAUCUCCUGAAAGAUUGGAGGAGAGUGAAUGUGGCUCUGACGAGAGCGAGGAGUAAGCUUGUUGUCCUCGGCAGUCGUGGAACGCUGAGGAAUAAUGAACUCCUGAGCAAAUUUCUCAAUCUGGUAGAGGGCAAAGGGUGGGCGAUCGAUCUACCCGAGGGAGCGGAGGAGAUGCAUUGUUUUAUUUUCAGCACGCAGGUUACGCAGGAGAUUCUGGCCGAAAGUCCAGAAGGGACGAAGAAGAAGACGAAGACUCCUGGAUCCUCGGCGAAGAAGCAGUCGCGUCUGAAACUCCGUCCGCUGAGUCAACAGCCCAGUCCGUCGAAGAAGAAGAAGAAGAGCAGCCCACUGCGACCGUCGCAGAAUGCGGCGAAUGCUGCGAAGAAGAGUCCGAAGAGGAUCACGGGCAGUCGGACGAUGACGGGGAAGAUGAGAAGGGCGAAAGAGCAGGUUGCCGUUGAGAUUUUUGAGGACUUGACUGGAGAGGAGUUUUGA